AUGACCGUCUUGAACAGCCCGGUUAACUGGCUGUUCAUCGUCGAGUUAGUCGUCAUUGUCAUCGUCACAACCGCCUUCCUCUUCUACUGGAACCGUAUUCUGGGCUUAACACUGGGCGCCAUCAUUCGUCUGGGAAUAUGGAACACCUAUAACGCCUACCUCGACAUCGGGUCACUGCAGAUAUCCCCGCUGGCAGGACGCAUCGCCUUCCGCAAUGUGGACUAUCGUUCGAGCAAUCUUUCAGGCCACGUCGUUGAUGGUAACCUUACCUUUCGCUUCUGGAUCUUCCGCGUGCGACAAGGCGACUCGUCCGAUAAUAAUGCGAAGCGAGGUUUCGAACUCUUUGUCUACAACCGAACCCCCGCGUACGAGAACAUUGUGGAGCGCAUGCGCAAGCAUGAGGGGAGCGAUGGUGUGACGUUCACAGUCGGUGGCGAGACCGAAGGCCUCCGCCAGCGGAAGACGCCCAUGUCCCGGGAGACCACAAACUCGUCGUCCCGGAGGAAGGAAGAAACGACAACGGAAGGAACAGCUACGACUGCGGAGCCGCAGUUGAAGGACUCCGACGCAGCCAACGAGGGUUUCAUGUCGCGAGCCUUCGGCGCCGGACUGAGUUGGGCGGCGUCUGUGCUUCCGAUUGAAGUGCGAGUGCACCAGGGCUCCGUGACACUCGGCAGCGAUGCUACGCCAAUGGUCGUCAUUCUUGACACUAAGCAUGCCAACGGCACUAUCGAAAUGUCGGAGCCUCGCUCGCCGUACGACUGGUACCGGCUCAGCUUCAACUUCCACUUGCAAGAGAUGAACAUUCUGAUGCGCACAAACCACGACUACACCGGCACCCUACUUGCGCAUGGCAAACGCGUGUAUGACGACUUGCUGGAGCAGGACUCGGCGAUCAAGGAAGAGCCUCCUUCAGAGGUCGCAUCUCGAUCGGGUUUCCGAGGGCUUCUCAAGAAGUUCCCCGCCUUGCUGGACUCCAGGUUCGCGGCCCGCCCGAUCGCGGUUCAGCAGCCAACUGGCCAAUGGAAAGGUCUGGCGCGGUAUCGCCUCGAGGACGACGGGGUGCCCGUUGUGAAGGUCACGCGCGAGGAGCGGCAAUAUGCAAAGGUCACGACGCUGUUGACCACGAGUCUGUUCGACCUCAGCUACUAUUACGAUGUCGGGGGUCCAGCGCCGAAAGUCUCUGAGGCUGUGCGGAUAGAUCCCAUGGAUAACAUCGGAAAUGUGGAUCUCCCUCCGGAAUAUGGGAUUGAUCUAGCCAUUCAUGGCGGCUCGAUCAACUAUGGUCCGUGGACGGACAGGCAGCGAGACGCCCUGUUGAAGGCGUUCACGCCCUCUAUCUUCUUCGACACGGAACCGAAAGCGCGUCUGAGUCCCGGCGAGUCACGAGUACCCAUCUCAAUGGUCGUCAAAAUCGCGAUGAAAGAGAAAAUGACUCUGAGGAUUCCUACGCGAGAGCCGUCAAAGGAUUGGAUGUACGACGGUGCCCACGGCGACGUUGAGCGCAAGUAUGGAUGGCUCGAUGUUGUCGUUGGUGCCAACUCUGUCAUCCACUACGAUCAAGGACAAAUCGCGACCAAGGAAGGCUAUCACUCGUAUAUCGCUCUCUACCUGGAUGAGCUGGACAUUGCCUCCAGCGUGAACUUACAGUCUUUCGCUGUGGCUCGAACAUGCAACAGGAACUGGGGAAUAGACCUGACUCUGGAUACACCCGACCUCCUCCUCAUGCGCGAGCACAUCAACCUCUUCACCGACCUUGCCAAGGAUUGGAGUUCGGGCCCUCCAAGCGAUUUCCACCAUUUUGUGCCCAUGCACUACAGCUUCCAUGUCUCGUUGAUCAACUACAAGGUUCACCUCUUUAUCAAUGACUUCAACAUCGUCGAUGCGCCCCGUUCCAUGGAUUCUAAUGCUUUCCUUGACAUCCAUGGACCCCGCAUCGAGACCUAUGCAGCGGUGGCAUCGACACGGUAUCGUCCCGAGUUUUCGUCCGUGCCGUUUACUGUCGAUGCCAAGGAUGUCCUCGUCGAUGUUCGCCUUCCGUCCUGGGAUACGCAUCGCACCUUCAACCCCGAGCCUUCGCUCGAGGUAGGCCGUGUUGGCGAUAUCACCGUCAGCGGGUCGUAUCGGUACUAUGCGACGCACUCCCCAGACCACCAGGAGAAACUGAAGCUGACCCUCGACGCUGAGAAUGUCGCCUUCAAGGCUCUAGGGUGGGUUGUGCGGCGCAUCUUCUGUGUCAAGGACAACUAUUUCGGCACCUUCACCCAGUUCUCGACCAUGCAGGAGUUUCUGGAGAAGUUUGACCACAGCCCCGACGCGGUUGGUGAUCCCAUCGUUGAGAAGUACAGGCCAGGGCGGUCGGACUCGUUUGCCGUCAAUCUCACUGUCAACGUACGUGACUCCAUGGUGGUCAUGUCGGACGAGAUUUACGGUUGUGACAAGGGCAUCGUCAUCCCGGUGCCGCAACUCCAGCUCGACCUCCGCAACAACGAGUAUCAGAUGGAUAUGUCGGUCGACUUGGCCCCAACGUAUGUGGUUGCCUGCAACGACCUCGAGCAAUGCCACCUCAGUGGGGUGCCGCCUCUGGCAAGGGAUCAAGAUGUCGUAUUUGUGGAGGGACUCGACAUUAAGGCGAACCGUCUCUUUGGGCCGCAGCCCAAGGGUACUACAUACGUAUGCCUGUGGGAAUUGUCGAUCGGACACAUCUCAGCGUUCCUCUCCCCAGAGUUCAAGGACACUCUAGCGGCUGUGGGCUCCGCGGUUGGUUAUAACUACACCGACCGCGACAACGCCCCUUCAGCGGUUUAUAUUGCCAAGACGCCGCCGGACGCGACCUUUGUCAAACUCUCAAUCCAACGAGUCACAGCGCUCUUGACUGCGGGCACAGCGGGUGUCGCCAUUGAGCUCCCUCAGGGUGUGUUCAUUGACACAAGCAGUGUUGCGUCCCAGGCAUGCCGCUCUGUUCAGGGACUCGGCGUACCAUGUGCCAGCAUUCACGUUCUGCGCAAGCGAGACGGCCACAAGACCUGGCAACCUGUUGGGUCCGUGUCUACCGGCCUCGCCAUGGACACGUACAAGGUCCCGCCAGGUUGGAAGGAAGACGCAGAGAAGCAGCAAGAAUUUCUGCGUGAGCAAGAUGCGGCGACCAAACGCGUCCCAUACCUUUACGGCGAGAAGGACGACCCCGCCUACGGGCGCCACGAGAACGAGAUCUACGUUCCUCGUCCGCGGCCAAUGGAGCCCUCCUGGGACGAUGAGACUUCGUUGUACACUUAUGAGGAGGCCAACGACGAUUCGUCCUCCGCUGGCGAGGUCGACGAAAUUGACGAUCAAGCUAUACCCCGAGUGUCCCGGCGCCGGAGGGCAAUGUCUCGGGCUCGUGCCGCUGAAGUGGAGUCUUUGUACCACGGCGGCAACUCAUCCAUCGGCGAUGAGUCGGAUACCUGCUCGUCUUUCAGCUCGUCUUCCGCUUCCUCGAGCAACACUAGCUUGGAAGAGGACGUAGACCCCACGACCAUCCUGGAGAACAAGCUGCUCACGUUCAAGAAGAUCCACGAGCGAGCCCGACGCUUGUUUGCCCACGAGCCAUCGACCCCCUCGCCCUUUGUUCAGGAGCCGCAAGAUUUGUUUGAACCUCUGUGCAUCACUGAAGGCGCAGUGCAGCGCAUCUCGCUCAUGAAGACCACGGUCGAGAUCACCCCUGCCACCAUUGAGGCUGCGGCGUACCUCGCUGUGGGCCUACAGGCUACCUCGCCCCGGCCAGAGGUUCAGCUCGAUCAGCUUCUAACGUAUCAAGUUGAUUCUUUGCUCAAGAAUGGCCUUCCCCGCAAUCCCAAGCUGUUCGUCAUUAACGCCCCUCUGGCCGAGCUUCGCCUUGUCGCCGGACCAAGCUACAGUCACCCGGACUCGGUCACCAGAGUUUCCAUUAACAGCUCGAGCUCGCGAGUCUUGUCCACACCCAUUGUCGACUCCACAAAGUCUAUCCUGGAAGCGACCGUCGGAGUGGGAGCCCUCACCUUGACAGCUUACCGGAACGGUGCCCCCGCCGGAAGCCUGGCCUUGAGUGACAUUCCCGACGUUCCGGUGCCGGCCGAGCCCAAGCACAACAAGCUCUUGCCUUAUACUUGUGCGAGGGCACUGGAUCUCGGUGUGACAGUACAUCAGGAGCCGGAGAGCCUCACAAUCCAAUCCAAAGUCACCGCUUUGGAGGUUCAUUCCGCAACUCCCGGCGUGCCUGUCAUAUCUAACAUCCUGGACAUCUGGAUGCCAGUGAUCAAGAGCUUGCCAAAGUCGCCCGAGAAGAACACCGCUGAAGCUCUCCUUUACGACAUCUUGACGCAGGCAAUCACGACCAGCACCUCGUUGUCACUCCCUUCAUUCAUGUAUGAGGCCUCGUACGGUUUGCACUUGGACGACCAGCGUAACAUUCGUCGCGACGUCGGCUGGGGCGCGAUCCAGCGCUUGCGGUACUGGAUGCGUCAAAUGGAUCAGCAGGGCCAGUUCCAGCCAAACGUCAUCCGGCCCAGCGGUCCCAGCAUGGCCAAGACCAUCGUUAUGGACCUGGCCAAGGUGGACGAUGGAUUCGGUCAGACCGUCGAGACUGUCGCAAACAUUCCGUUCCUGACCAAGGUACUCAGUAAGGACUUACAGGCCGCUGGGUGCGCCCCGCCUCCGACUCCAAAUCAAAUUGGCGUCUAUGUCCGUCUCGAGAGGGGCGAGGUCCGGCAUUACGGCCGACAAUUGCAGACCGACAACAUCGCCUGGAGUAUGAUCAAGAUUGAGGCCGCUUCUGUGGCUUACGCAAACCUCAAGACAUAUGUGGAGAACCUACCCUUGUCCAAUGUCCGCAGUGUCAUUAGUGUCCGCAACAUCGAGUUCGAUCUCAAAGAUAGCUCGUUUGCGGCCAAUGAGGCCAUCAUCCGCCACAUCGACGCCCAUCGGAAGGAGAUUAAGGAGCUCAAGGUUGUCGAGGCUGUGGAAGGCGCGUCGACUGUUGUGAUUGACGUGCACUUGGAUCGCUUCAAAUCAGGUCUCACGUUUGGUGGCAUGCGCGGCGAAACAUCUCUAGAUCACGGCCAGGUGGCAGUCACUCUCGAGCGGCGCUGCAGCAACGCCAACAACUGCACGUUGGAACUGGAGCAACGCACCUGCAUCUUCAAUUGUGCAGCGCUUGAGAGCGUGCUCGCUAAGUGCCCGGAUGACCCGCGCGACGAGUCUGCCCCGGUCCCGAUCAUCACGGCGGCAUUGCGUGGCAUCAAGGCCGGCAUGGCGACAAACUUCAACAGCCAGGAUCACCUCCUCAGCUUCCAACGUGUCCUUGUGGGGUUAGAAUCGCUCGACUUCGACUCCCGCCCGCAACUGAAGCACUUCUACGAGUUCGUCCAGGACUGGCGAAAGCGAUUCUGGCCAUUGUACGAACCGUACUGGAAGAAGUUCGAGGCAAUGAUCAAGAAACAGAAGGCGCGGCUCGCAGCAAGCAAUUCUCCCGGCCUCCCGUCACCGCCGCCGUCUGGCAAGAAGCCCGAACGCAAACCAGUCGGCGAUAAGAUGAUUGAUGGCUUUAUUGGCAAGGCUCGUCUUCAAUUGAGAGGAUCCGAAAAACUCUGGUUGCGCUGGGACAUGAACCGCAUCUACGGCGCGUUCCGAGGCACGCCAGAGUCGUCCAAGUUUGGCGGUCGGAUUGACCCCCAGACUAUCGGCGGCUACAGCCAAUACGAGUGCAUCAGGGAUAAGCAGGCGAGCAUCAUCAGCCUUCCAGAGAUCACCGGUACGGGCAACUACCACCAAGAAGACGACAAGAGGCACCUCGGCAUGAACAUCGGCAUUGGCAUGUUCACGGGUAUCAUCAAGCCCAUCGUUCUGGACCGUCUCCUGAGCUUGCACCAGAAGGUUGGCAAAGACGUGACGUCGAUCAUCCGAGAAAUGAAGGCCACAUGGGGUGACAAGAGCCCGAAGUCCGGUUCCAGCCGCUUCCUGAAAGCGCCUGAUUCUGCUCCUCCCAAGCCUGCACUGCAGUGGUCGUUCGACGCCCAGACAAGCAUUGCCGGUGUGCGUGUCGGCCUGCGAGCGGAAAACGUGCCAACGACACUCAUGUUCGAAGCACUCGACCUCCAAGCUUCGGCGUCAAACGUCGGCCGGCCGUCCGUGGAAUGGAUGGCGAAGGCCAACCAUGUCGGUCUAAGCUUGAGGCGCCUCAGAGAGAAGGACCGCCACGCCAUGCGAUCCGCUGCAAAGCCUCUCGACGGACCCCGCUCAGCUUACAUGGUGUUUGAUUUCUCGGCCGAAGAGAUCCCCGGCAACCCCUCCAAGCUCAACAUCGAGUUCAAGACCGUCCACACGGUGAUGCACAUCGCGGCGCUCAGCGAGGUCAGCGACCUCAUCAAGAGCUGGUCGGCCGACCUCACCGUGCUCCGCGAAGUGCACAAGGAUGAAGUCGACGAUGUCAAGGAGGAGGCGACUAAGGUUUUCAAGAAGAUCGAAGGCAGCCACAUGUCCACCGUCUCGACCGGAACGCAAGAGUCCAACGCAACUGCAAUUGAAUCAUGGCUGAAGAGCCGAGUGCUGAAGUUGGGUGUGCAUGGAUUCGGCAUCGCUAUUCCUCUCGACGAGGAUGCCACCAUCGACCUCUCCAAGCGUUACAGUACCAACGUCCCCGCAUUGCUGUUCUCCAUCCGUGCGAUGGAUCUGAAGACUAGUCGCACGGAGACGGCCCGUUUCAAGGUGCUCAAUACGGAAUUGCAGUUUGUGAACAGUUUCGACCCGGGACAGAGCGAGCAGUUUGUCGGUGACUUCCACAGCACGGACAACAAGAUGAAGCUGCCGAACAUCGAAGCCGAGGCGCAGUUAACCUCCAAUGCCUCUGCGCUGCUCGUCACCGCCCACUGUCAAGCAACCGACUUCCAUCUGUGUCUCACUCCAGAAAUUGCCGACGGCAUUGGCAAACUGGUCGACCUGUAUGAGCUUGGCAAGGGUCAGCUCGAAGCGCUGGAGAGAGAAUAUCGCGCCGAGUGGGGGAAGAACUCGGCGGCCGAGUCGCAGCCCGAGAGUCUCCAGAGCAAGUACGACGCCCAAGUACAGACCACGCCAAAGGCCGUUACUGUGCGCAUGUCGUUCCGAUUCCACAGCGGUCUUGUCGAGCUUCACCGCCCUACGGUUGCCAAAUCGAAGCGCAUUCAUAGGGACAAGAAACCUGAGCAUGACCUGGUUGUGCUCCCCAGUGUGUCUCUCUGGAUGGAGUACAUGGGGCCAACCAGCCCAGAUGAGAGCGCGCGGACCCUCUUGUUCAACGCAGCGGUUCACGAGAGCAAGAACGUGCUUCGACCGACGAUUCUGCCGUUCUUCAUCGAACUGGUCAACCGCAUAGAGCGAAGGGCUAAGAGCCGCGUAGCCACAAACCCGUCUAGCACGGUGACGCCUGCUCCAUCUCAAAUUGCGAACCGCUCUCCCGAGAUGCCGCUGCUUGACGUGGGUGAGCGCACCGACCGGGCCAUGGCCAAGGUGGAAGACGCUCCGACUGGAAAGGUCCGCCUUCGCGUUACUCUGCGUAUCGACAAGUCCGAGCUGCGCUUGUCGUGCAAGGAAGACUCAUCGGCGUAUCUUGACCUGAAGUGGGAGUCGGGUGGAUUCGUCGCUGCGACCAUGCUUGGUGGGAAGCACACCACGACCCUCGCCGGCUCCGUCUCGGGUGUCACUGUCUUCUUGUCGCACGAGUUUGCUUCCAUGGGCCAGCCGUGUGUCGAGGGAGGUGCCAAGGAUUUGGCCUUCUCAUUGGCAUUGUGCUCUGAGGAAGGCAACAGGGAGCGUGGUCUCUCCAUUGUCGUCGACACAGGCGUUUCUGCCGAACUGCAGUUCGCGACCCUCAGUGCCUGGUUCGAGUUUGCGUGCGUCUGGAUCGAGAAUGCUCCGAAAUUCGAUCUCGGCAACAAGGACGCACCCGCUUCCUCGAUGACCUCGACCUCAGCGCAGAUCACGUCCACUGGCUCGACUUCGACGGUGCAGACGAGCGCUCCUUGCUCAACUGCCGUGCGCUCUAAGCUCGGAGUCGCCGCUCUCAUCAGGUUCCGCAGCAUCGAUUUUAACGCAAAACUGGGAGUCACCAACGCCCACCUCAAGCUGGCACCUGUUGUGCUGCGAACGGUUACGGACGGCGAGGAAACGGAGCUCGAUCUCACGGUCGGCGAGACGACGAUUCAAGCCGAGGGCGAAGUGUCGGGCAACCUCAUUUCCGAGUCGUUAAAGUUCCAUACAAUUCGUCGCUCGUCGCGGUCCGGGGCGUCGUUCGAGGCGGACCCGACUGUCCUCAAGAUGUCGAUCGACGGAGGAGAUUUACGCGGCGCUGCUUUCAUCGGAGACAACAAUAUUGUUCGCUUCCGACUGGAGCCGUCGCGUGUUACCCUGGUCGACAACUGGAAGGAACACGCACACAACUCGAAGCAGCCCGUUGCUUUGGACUUUAUCGUCGACGCAGGUCAAUUCACUGGUGUGCUCAAGCUGCCAUCCAUUCCCAGGUUGCUUGAGAAGGCCUACACAGUCCUCGAUCAGAUCAGCAGUACGAAGGCGACCGCGGCACACCGCAGCAAGACCUUCCGUUUGAAGCAGCAACAGAAGCGAUCGGAGAACAACAACUCGGUGAUGGUUCUGAACAGUUCCACUCCGAACACACCCACGGCCGAGCAGAAGCUGAACCCGCCCAAGGUCGUGGGUACGGCGCAGCUCAUGAAGUUCGAGCUGAAGGGUCUCGACGUUGGUCUAUUCGUCAACGACUACGACGACGGCACCGUCGCCGACUUCCUCAGGUUCUACGUCGGUAAGGUCGGCGCGGAUCUGACGCGAAGCCGGGACGACGAGCAACGACCCGUGCGCAACCUCCAUCUGCACGUUGACUUUGUCGAAUGGCAGACGUGCGAUGGCAGGCGCGCGGCCAAGGUUGAGCGGCAUGACCAACUUGCCGGCGAGCUGAUCUCCGCGGCAAUGAAGCACGGCUAUAAGGUUGUGGUGAUGCUUCCGCGGAUGACCUUGGACAUGGGUUCAACCCAGGAGGGCAAGACGGUGUUGUACGACUUUGAUGUGGUCUGGGGUGACUCGGACGGUGACGUCAAAGUUGUGCCCAAGUUCCUCGGCUUCGCGCUCAAGUCGUUCCGCAAGCUGCACAGCGACAUUCAGAAGCUGCAGUUAGACCGCGCGAAGAAGCGAGGCGACGUGCGCGCGCAAUCCGCCGCCGCACUGCGCAAGGCGCGCAAGAUCGACCCGAACGUAAAGGACCCGGAGGAGGAGGCGACCGAGGGCCUCACAUUCAAGUCGCGCAGUGCCCACUCGGCCGACUACCCGCUUCCCAAGCUCCGCGCGCUGGGAGAGACGACAGGCGACGCGGCCGCGUUCCUCGACUGGGCAUCGAGCCAGCACAUCAAGAACGCAGUCCGCAUGCUGCCCGAGUACUCGCACAAGUUUGUCACCCUCCCUCUCGAGGAGGGCAUGGACCUGCUCCUCAAGCUGUACCAAAAGCAACUGCCUGAUAUCGAAGACGACGCGGCAUCGACCGGCCCAGCGCGUACGGGCAGCAUCGCCGAGUCGGACGCGGGCGCGAGCAAGGGCAGUGCGGCCGGCAGCGUUGGACGCAGUGCUGGAGGUAGUGUCGGUGGAAGUGCAGCGGGCAGCCUUGGCAGGAGUGCAGGAGGCAGUGUGUCGGGAAGUGUUAAGGGAGAUGUCGGCGGAGAGCAGACAAAGAAGUAA